CCGAAUCAGAGUUCAGUUCAAUCACGCGACGCCAGUCAUUGUCAGUCAGUGGUGAAAGUGGGUGUGAUUGAUGCGACGAAACCGUUAUUUAAUAACUUUUCACUCAGUUUCCGAGAGUUUGCCGAAGUGCUAAUAGUUAUUGACCUGACGCUGUUACAGGUUCUCCUGGUUUUCCCGGUUCAGUGGCCAUCCUGUGUGUCUGAUUUGUGCGGAGAAACCGACGACGCCAUAUUUAUUUUUUAUUCCAUAAUCGUUUGCAGUUGUACUUGUACGUUGCUGUGAGGAUGAGUUCUGUGGUCAAACAGUGGUGCACCAGUUCGGCUACCGUUGAGAUCACCUACCACUUAUGGACCAUCGAGCACGUCUCGUUUCAGUUGGGGUCGCCUUCUUUAGGUGGUAUUACGACCAAGCUUUUGCAAAAUGCCGCUUCACAGGAGGGGUGGUUUUUGUCGGUUCAGCCUCAUUCGGACUUACCUUGUGGUUUUUAUGACGUUGUUUUACGAGUUGGAACCAACGUCAAACAACUUCCAGUCAAAACAUGCGUUUCGCUACUCGACUCAUCUGGUGGAAAGAGGCAAACGAGUCGUAAGAUUGCCAUGCUCAAUCACCAUCAACCUUUUAUAUUCGAGAAAUACUUCAGUUUGCCUCAAAUAAAGAAGGAUGGAAAGCUGUAUGCAAAUGAUACAUUGACGCUUCACGUUAAGCUUGAGAAAAUGGUGAAAAGAUUUAACGUUUCGGGACAAGGAGUCCAAACAAAAACUUUCUCGCUGGAUGAACGAUUCGGGAGUUUGCUGCAAAGCGAGAAGUACACCGAUGUCGUUAUUAACGUGAACAAUCGUGAGAUAAAGGCUCACAAAUUCAUGCUGGCUUCGCAAAGCACAGUUUUUGAAGCUAUGCUUGACUCAGAAAUGGCAGAAAAGCAGCAGAAUCGUAUCACAAUUGUCGAUGUGGAGGAAGAAGUUAUAGAGCAAAUGCUUCUCUAUGUGUACACUACCAAAGUGCCAAAAUUGAAAUCAAUGGCCGAACGAUUGCUGAUAGUAGCCGACAAAUAUGCGAUGGAUGGUCUCAAGGCUAUGUGCGAACAAGCACUUAGUGACAAUUUGACUACAGAGAAGGCCAAGGAAUUGCUACCCUUGGCGGAAAUGUAUAACGCAAGCCAGCUGAAGGAGUGCAUCAAGCGGCUCGUAGACAAUGGCAAUUUGCAGGUUAAGUAAUCCCCAGAAUGGAAGUUCAAACAUGCAGGACAACAAAAACAUUCAUGACAGGUAUCUUCAUCUUCCAACAAUAAUUUCCAAGGAUACGCCAAUUAAUUCAUAAUCUUGAUAUUUUAUAUACUGCGACAUACAGGAUUUCAGGAUCGCAAGAAGUGCAUUUAUAAAAUAAUAAAAAUGUUAUUUCCCUAAUAAGUUUUGAAUAAACUAAGCUCAAGUAUGAAUUCUUAAGAAAAA